AUGUCAGGCACGCUCUCCCUCGCCUUCGACGCCGCGCUCAUCCCCGACAGCGUGCACAGCUCCGUGCCGGCGGGCCUCGAGCUUCGCCCGCUGGCGUCCGGCGACUACGCACGCGGGCAUCUCGACGUGCUGCGCGCCCUCACCAGCGUGCCCGACGUCGGCGAGGCGGCGUGGGAGGGCCGCUUCGCCGAGAUGCGCGACGCGCAGCCGCGCGCCUACUACCCGCUCGUGCUCGUCGAGCAGGGCCGCAUCGUCGCCACGGGCACGCUCUUCCUCGAGCGCAAGUUCAUCCGCGCGCUCGGCGCGGCCGGCCACAUCGAGGACAUUGCCGUCGACAAGAGCCAGCAGGGCAAGGGCCUGGGACGCGUCAUCAUUGCCGCGCUGACGGCCGUGAGCGAGGCGGUGGGCGCGUACAAGACAAUCCUUGACUGCAGCGAGGAGAACCAGCCGUUCUACGUCAAAUGCGGAUACAAGCUGGCCGGCGUGGAGAUGGCCAAGUACGCAGGAGAGGCCAAGCCGGCGCACGCGGCGCAAUGA